GUGACUGCACAAAAUGAAAAGGCUGGGUAAGUCGGAAAAGCGGUGUAUUGCCAAAAAUGUUGGUGUUUUCCUUUAAAUUAUCGCUAUAGCUGAAUGGUGAUCUCAGAAGGGGAAAAUGUUGAUUUAGUAUUUUAAUUGACAGUCCUUUCAUGGCAGUUCUUUUUGAAUUCACACGAGACAUCACUGUAAAAUGUAAACGGGCCAAAACUCAACAAUAUUUAGCAAUAAAAUCUAAUCAAAAUUGUACAUUGAAUAUCAUUUUUUUGUCCUAAAUAUUGGUGAAAGUGUAAGGUCUCUCUUAAAGUAGUUAAUAAUCUGCAGGAAUGAUCCUGGUUUCAUAACAGUUGAAAAAUUUGAAAUAAUUAUUUGAGUUUGAUCUGACAAGCACACCUAAAUGUAUCCCGUUUUUUAAAAUGUGACGAUGCAUUUCUGCGCUGGUGUGUGCUAUCAAAAAAUAUUGGCUAAACAUAAUAUUUUGGACAUUUUUUGGCUUGUUUUUCUUCAAAUCAGUGAAAAAUCAGUGACCUAUUUCACCAUAUUCUUUAGGAAAAGUAUUUGGAUUUCUGCAGGGUAUAUCACAGGGUCACUUGUUGUGACAGUGUGAUGCCUGAACUGCCAUGCAAUGUAAACCUGUUUGAGGUGAUCUGAUCUGUGUAUGCGGUGUGUUUUAGGUGAUCUGAUCUGUGUGUGUGCAGAGUGUAUCUGUACAGCCAAUCACUUCAGGGCUCAUCUACUCUCACUCCUGUGCGUCUUGCUUCUCUCUCUCUCCCUCCCCCUCUCUCUCUCUCUCUCUCCCUCUCUCCCCUUCCUCCAUCUCCUCACUGGAUGCGACUGCUGGGAUCUUCCAAUCAAACUAGGAGCUGGAUGAGCUGGCUGACGACCGGAUGGCCCUGGUGUCUGGGAUCAGUCUGGACCCCGAGGCGGCCAUCGGGGUCACCAAACGCCUGCCGCCCAAGUGGGUGGAUGGGGUGGAUGAGAUUCAGUACGAGGUCACGCGGAUCCGGCAGAAGAUGAAAGAGCUGGCCAGCCUCCACGAUAAGCACAUGAACCGGCCCACACUGGAUGACAGCAGUGAGGAGGAGCAUGCCAUAGAGAUCACCACACAGGAGAUCACACAGAUGUUCCACCGCUGCCAGCGGUCUGUGACCAGCCUGCAGGCGCGGUGCGGCCACUGCACGCAGCAGGAGGAUCGGCUCCUGAGGAACGUGGUGUCCUCGCUGGCCCAGAGCCUGCAGGACCUGUCCAUCAGCUUCCGCCACACGCAGUCCGGCUACCUGAAACGGAUGAAGAAUCGAGAGGAACGGUCGAAGCACUUUUUUGACACGUCUGGCCCGCUGAUGGAGGAGGACGAGGACAUCGCUCUGUAUGACCGGGGAUUCACGGAUGACCAGCUGGUCCUGGUUGAGCAAAACACAGUUAUGGUGGAAGAGCGGGAGAGGGAGAUCCGACAGAUCGUUCAGUCCAUCUCCGACCUGAACGAGAUCUUCCGGGACCUGGCUGGAAUGGUGGUGGAACAGGGCACCGUGCUGGACAGGAUUGACUUCAAUGUGGAGCAGGCCUGUGUGAAAACAGACGAGGGGCUGAAGCAGUUACAGAAGGCGGAAGGGUACCAGAAGAAGAACCGCAAGAUGCUGGUCAUUUUAAUCCUGUUUGUCACUGUUAUUGUCCUUAUACUCAUUCUGUUUGGGGUAAAGUUCAGGUAAUGGAGCUCUGCGCUUUCAGUGUAUGCGUGUACACAUUUUCCUGUACCCGUGUAUGCGCGCGCGUGUGUGUGUGUGUGUGUGUGUGUGUGUGUGUGUGUGUAUACGAGGGCCCUCUCUGUACUUCCAAGUCAAAGCUGCCUUUGUCUGAAUGUAUAUGGAAUCAAAGCACCCGACCUGACGAUCCAAAACAAGAUGGCCCCCUGUCCUGCUGGCAGCACUCAGGCUCUGGUUAUGCGUACGCAGUGCAUGAUCCCAAAGAGCGAGGAUGAGGAACAAGGGGUGCCGUUUCUCCCCCAUCCUGUACGCACACACAAAAUGCCUGUACCCACCUGUCCCUGUUUCGCCCCAAUCUGUACCCGCCUGUCACUCUUUCUCCCUGGAAUCUCCCCAUUCUGUACGUACACACAGAACACCUGUACCCACCUGUCAUUCUCUCCAUUUUCGGUGAACUUUUAAAACCGGCCCAAAACUGUCUGGCCAGUCAGGAGAGGGGGCUGUGUGGGGACUUGUUUACUGACUGAGGACCAAGCCGCACUGAGCAUGCUCACGACCAACCCACUUUAUUUCCCGUCUGUUUUCCUGCCCGACGUUCCCGUUCCUGGAGUGUUUGCUUUCCCGUUCCUGGGGUGUUUGCUUUCCCGUUCCUGGGGUGUUUGCUUUCCCGUUCCUGGAGUGUUUGCUUUCCUGUUCCUGGAGUGUUAGCGUUCCCGUUCCUGGGGUGCAUGAGUGGGAGGACCAUGAGAGGGAAAAGCCCUGCCGAGCUCAGACAGGGUUCAUCAUCGCAGUGCAGCUCUCGCACCGUGAUGGCUGAAGUCUGAUUAAAGACAGCACUGCAGACUGUUUGGGCUCCGUGUUUCGGGUUACUGGGGCACGGGCUCCCCUCUGCAGAGACUGUCUUUGGAGGCAGGAGAAGUACAAAAAAAAAAAAACGGUUAAAGAAGUUGAACCACCGAGCGGUUGAAAUUACCACGUUUGUCUUUUUUUUUUGCUUUUGUUAAAGUAACACUUUUCAAAUAGGACGCACCUUGGCUACCCCUUAAAUGGACAUGCAUGGAUGUCUAGUCAUUGUCAGUAUCUUUGCCCUCCUGCCUGUCUGUACCAACAGCAUCCGUACUCCGCCCCUCUCCACACAACUAAUUUCACCCAGGCGCAAACAUGCUGAAAGACUGAGCCGUUAUGGUUUGUGUACCUGUCAAACUACUUUAUUCUGUAAAAUAUGAAAUAUCACACUAUUUAUUUGAAACUGAAUCAAGCUGCAAGUGCAAGUGACUUGGGGCAAAGUAAACCAUUAUGGAGUCAAAGAAUCGUUUGACCUUAGAUGCACAAAAACAUGUUUUAUGUGGUCGAUUCUUUGACCACACUACAGAGAUGCAACCCAAAUAUGAAAAACUUUUUGAAAGUUUCAGACCUGAAAUUACUUUUGCCCCAACCAAAGGUAUGUCUUCUCCUACUACUGUACAUGAUGCAAACUGAUAAAUAUUUCACUUUAAAUCAAGUGUAGAUGCCUUACAUUGUUGAAGAAUUUCUGUCCUGUUAUCAAUCAGAUUGAAUCAUGGGUUAAAGUAUUCUCCACAUCCAGUGCCCUGUAUCAGUUGUGUACAGUUUAAAAUCUUUGGUCUUGGUGUUGUAACAUUUUGUGUGAACAUACCGCUGACGUCCUAAUGGUACUGUAUAUUAGCUGACGUUUUAUGAGGAUGUAUGCAGAGUUUUUUUAAAUAAAUAUGGAACAAAGUU